AGCCGAGGGAUCAUGUGACGAGGAAAACGAAACAAAAAAGGAAGAGGUAGACAAAGCGUAUUGUUGGUGAGAGAGGGCUAUCGUUGUGUACUUCCUUGUUCGCUGAAAAUCCUGGGGACACAGACAAAUGGAGUGUACAAUCUACAUUGUGUGACUUUUGUCGAGAUAGAAGCGUUCAUACGUACAAAGUUAAAUGACUAAUCUUGGGCUGUUAGUGUUUCUCGUUUUUAACACCGCGAAGGUUAGAUAAUAGUCUUUCUCCAGCUACUUGUGCGCAGGCGCGCUGUACGUUCCGGGGACCUAUCUUGACCACGAAGGUGUCCGAUUGGCUCUUUGUAAAAAGUUUCAGUUUGCAUAAAUAGCGAACAAGGGACAACUGUAGACCGAGAAGUCAAAGUUGGACAGGUGGUUGUUAGUGUGUCCAACCAAACGCAGGUCUGGCUUGGAAGCUCCUCAGGUGUUUGUAGACGGGUGUGGUGAACUAGCUGUGGUUAAAUAUGAGGCUGAGCGCUGUGCUCGUGUGUGUUUUCCUGCUCUGGGUUGAAGAGUCGAGGGGUGACACACCGGCCAAUUGUACCUAUGAGGACCUGCUGGGGACAUGGGUGUUCCAGGUGUCCAAAGGAGGGCAAGAAAAGACCAUCAACUGCUCUGCUCAAGGUAAAAUCUAACUAUAAAUCACCCUCCAUUUUAGUAUGAAACUGCUGACACCACGAUCAGGCAUCAGAAGAGAUGACAGUGAUGGUUUCGUAAUGUGGACAGCAUGUGACUUGUCCAGGCCUGAGGAGCCUGUGGGUUACAUUUUCAACUUGGACAAAAGACAGCAGGUGGUAAAAUGGCUGCUCCUUGGUAUGAAUUUAAUGACAUUUAUCAUGCUUUGAAAGAAAUCUCUACCAACACUCUUGUUGCUGACCUUGUGUUUGAGUUGAACCCUCCUGUGUCUUGUCCUGUUUUUAGUUUUGACCCUCCACUGAUCUAAAGAUGAGGUUAAGUUUUGGUUCAGUGUGUUAUACUGUAGACUACACUGCCAGACUUACCCAUUUAUUUAUAAGUAAAAUAGGCUGGAGCAAUAGUCAUAGGCAACUUCCCAGAUAAGUCAAAGUAUCAGUUUUUGUUUUUUAAACUGACUGUAAAGCACUUUGUGUUACAUCUUCUAGUAUGAAAAGCGCUUUAUAAAUAAAAUUUGAUUUGACUGGGAAAAAAAAAAACUCUCAAAGGAUCCUUUUUUAAAAAUUAACAAAGAAGGUACCUUCAGCCCAAAUUAACAAGCUGUAUUAUUUACAAGUCUUACUGGGUAGUAGAACUCAGGGGCAUUACAAACUCUUCACCUUGGGUAGUAUUGAUCAGUUAGAAUUAACUGCAUGUUGUUAAGGACAAUUGAUUUGGCAAUAUUCUCAAAGCCCUGUCUGUGAGUCUAGUCAUUCUCUGCACUCAAUAACAUUGCAUGUUGUGGUGUUUCUCCUCAGCCACAGAUGAGAGCACAGUGACGGUGACACUGGAAAAACUGUCUGUAGCCACAGAUGAGCUCGGGAACACCGGCUUCUUCACCCUCAUCUACAACCAGGGCUUUGAGGUGGUCAUUAACGGAUACAAGUGGUUCGCCUUCUUCAAGGUAGAAGAAUACAUGUGUCAUUUUUGUUUUGGUCCAUUGGAAGUGUUUACUUCAGUCUGUUAGUUCCCUUUUUUAUUGGAGUUGUCAGUUGGCUAUAAACUCUCACUUGUUAGUGUUUAACUUAUCAAUCCAGGUAAUAAGAGUGUCUGAGGAUAAUGUGAGCAGAAAGUUGCACUAAAGAUUACACUCAAAGCUCCUUGACAUUUGAGGGUUAGUUUUGGUUAUCUACUUUGUCUGAUUUAUUUCAUUCAGUCUGCUUUCAUCAGAUAUGAUGCUAUCUGGAAAUGAGUUGCACGCCUUCAUUAUGCAAAGGCUGAAAAUGAUCAGAUGUAGAUUAUUUCCAAGCAGCUCAGUUGAGGUUCACCAAAAGUCACGAGUUACUUGUCAUCACUCACAUGACGCUGAGUUGAGGGGAAGUGUCAUAGCCUGUCGAUCAAACCUGCAUAGUUUCAUUCUUGUCUAGCAUCACUUCCCUUUUGUGAGGAUUUACUGUAAUGUUAUGAGGAGACUAAGAUCUUUUAUUUCUCCGCAAACUUAAAGGUCACUGACUGAAUGAUUAAUGUGCUGAAAGUGGCAUCUCAUAAAAAAAGAGGUCAGAUGUUGAUUGCUGAACUCUAAUUGCGUACUGGAUGAAAAGCCUAACAGUGUCACGAUGUACUUUCAGUACACUCAGGAGGGCCCUAAGGUGACUAGCUACUGUGACCAGACCAUGGUAGGUUGGGUGCAUGAUGUCCUGGGUCACAACUGGGCCUGCUUUGUGGGGAAGAAAGUGAAAUCAGUACCACCCCAGACAUACUACAAACCAUUCUACAGCAGCAGGUAUGUAAAUCCUGAGAGGUAUUUUGCUCAAAGUGUCAAAUUAAGAAACUUGAGCUGUAGUCAAGAUUUGACACACCUAUUUAUAUAUAAGGUUAGUAUUUUUAUCUUGGAUUUAUGUUAUGUUAUAUCUGUCCAAACCACUCAUGGAAUAUAAAAUGUAUGUUAGUUUUUUUUAAUGCAUCAAUUGCUAUCAACUGCACAGCCAACUGCCCUAAAAAUCCCUUUCUGUGACUAACUACUUUAUUUUUUUUCACCUGUUUGGUCCGUUUGUGGAUCAGAUGACUCUCUUUCCUUUUUCAAAUAGUUGUUUUUAAUUGUUACACUUUUUUUCUAACCCUCCAGGCUGCUCCAGAAGCCAUACAAACACAACCUUGACUUCAUUGAUUCCAUCAACUUGGCUCAGAAAUCCUGGCGAGCUGUGGCUUACCCCGAGCAUGAGAUGUACACUCUGCAAGAGCUGCACUACAGAGCAGGGGGUCCCGCCUCCCGUAUCCCCAUGUGAGCAUUUAUCUACAUUUUCCUGACUUUGCCAUAGAUUUCCACAUGGGCCAUGAAGAAAAAUAUCUUUGAUUUGAUACACUAAUGAAAAGUAUGCUAAAAUGGCAUAUACCAUUAUAUAGUGUUUUUCUUUUUUCUAUUGUUUAAUGUCUUCUCUCUGGUGGUCUGUAGAUAUAUGUGUAUAUAUAUAUAUCCUGUUUCACAGAUUCCAAUGCCCUUUUGAGUUGCCCUUUGAAGCGUGUCAUUACCACACUUAUCCACUUUCCUGUCCCUGUUUUUAAUAUGACACAAAAGCUCCAAAAUAAACCUAAAAAAUAUGAUGAUAUGACCUGUCAAAGCAAAUCGUCUGAUCUGUUAUCCACGUCAAUCUCCCUCUUUCAGGCGUGUCCGCCCUAUGCCUGUGAAAGCUGAACAAGCCAAGAUGGCAGCAGCUCUGCCUGAGCGCUGGGACUGGAGAAACGUGAACGGUGUUAACUUUGUCAGCCCUGUGCGAAACCAAGGUAACCGCAUAAAGUUCACUUGAAGCAUUUUUCUUUGUUGCAUGGAUCAACUUCAGUAGAUAUAUGAUGUAAGACAUGGCAAAAGAAAAGUAUGAACAAUAUAAACUUAAAUAACGGGGAGACGAAGCCGAACCUUUUACACUUGAGCAGUUGACAGAACGAGCAUACACUGAACAGCAGCACCAAGCUACUUUGCUCCCUCUUGGCAGGCCUGGGGAUGCUUUCUGCUGCUCCUGUGUUUCUGCACAGCCUGGUGUGUGAGUAGAGAGAUUAUUCGUGCUGAGUAGUCUGAGUGUCUAAGAGGGCCUCUGUAGGGCUCGGUUUAAGGACCUGGAGAGGGCUAAAGUGUUUCAAUAGGAGCCCUUUAAGCCACCGUAGUGACAUGCAGCUUAUUUUUCCAUUGGUACAGAGCAGGUGGGUUUUGUAGUUUCCAUUUCAGUUCACACAAGUCGAUGAGAUUAAGUAUAAAUUGGUCCCCACAGGCUUGCAUAGGAACAUUAUAAGUGGCAUGCAGGUGGACUUAUUCAAACCAGGAGGACUGUGUAAAUGAAACCAAGCAAAUUCCAGCUUCAACAUUAGUCUUGGGAGAGAUCUCCAACUUAAUUGUCCUGUUCGACAAAUUAAAUCAAAUAAAUCUUUCAGGCUUAUCUCAGAAAAUCUGCACAUCAGCUCAGAAAUCGUAAGGAAGCAUAUGCUAAAUCUAGAUGAAUGGUUGUUGCUCCAAAGAGACUUAUUAAUAAAAGCAUAAUAAAAACUGUUCUCAGUGUCACCCUGACUUGAAUCAUUACUACAAUUACACCUCCCUACAAAUCCCCACAGCCUCUGUUCUCUGACCUAAUUUGUUUCUAAAGUGCUUUUUAUUAAAAGCCCUGCGUCUUACACUAUGGAUGCCAACCUCUGGUGUUAAUCAGUGUAUCGGUUUCUAGGCCUUGCUCCUGUAUUGUGUAUUGGCGCUAAUGAGGAUGAGUAAAUGGGGGCAAGAACAUGCAGAAUAAGAUAUUUGAGUAUCUACUGCAUGGUGUCAUUAAACCCAGAACAUUACACAAAACUGCUAAAUUAUUGAGAUUUAUUUUCUUUUAAUUAACCAUCAAAAGAGAUGCUGAUAUGCUGACACUAGUUUAAAGCCAAAAACAUACAGGAUCCGUAUUGAGUGUGUUCCAUAUUUGCGCCGUAGAGCAGCACAUACAGGAUGCGUAUUUGGAGUGUGUCAGCAGCGUAGUACAACCCCGGUCAGCUGGGCUCAGUAUAGAGGAAACAACAUCCUCACAACAGGUUGUUUUACCUUUCUUUGGUCUAUUUCCUGCUAAUUUGUAUAUAAUUCAGUGGCCAUUGAGCCUCUACAAUAUGUGAAAAAGCAACGUGAUUUUACAGUUUCGUUUUUCGCAGGUUUACUCAUGUUUAAUAAAGUAAGCUAUGUUCCUUUACGCUGUGCUGUUGCCUUCAAACAGAGUUAGCAGUUAAAGUCCUGUUGGGGUCCACAUGGAUCAGAAAUCUGUGUUACUGAUAAAUCCAUAGCCAGGAAGUAUUUCUCAUCUACACGCACUGAUACGUAGUCUGGAGUUCACAUAUAGUGUUUUAUUUUGAAAUAUGACAUGCGUGAUUUUUGUGCUUAACUUCCCGUCUGGAACAAGCUUUGCUGUGCGGAUUGACCCGCGUUGGAAGCUUAGAGCAGCAAAAAUGGACUCAUUGCGUAUCUUUAGCAGUGCUGCUCUCGAUACGAUGUUGCGACAUAGCUGGCAACCUACUUGUUGCGUGAUACGCGACGCUGCCGCCACGCUCCAAAUACGCAUCCUGUAUGUUCUAGCCUUAAGUCAUAUGAAUUCAAUAUGUUUGUGUUUCAGCAUCAUGUGGCAGCUGUUACUCUUUCGCCUCUAUGGGGAUGCUGGAAGCUCGCAUUCGAAUCCUCACCAACAACACUGAGAGCCCUAUCCUCAGCCCCCAACAAGUGGUCUCCUGCUCAGAAUAUUCCCAAGGUACAGUAACGAGCUAAGAUCUGUUCUAUUUACAGAGUGUAUGAAUAAAUAUAAAGAAAUGCGGACUCUUAUAUCACCAGGCUUGAAUAUCAUAGAAAAGUGUUGUACUGACUAAUGUAGAAAAUUGCUUCCCUCCCUCAUCAGAACACUGUAUUUCUUUUCUUUUUUGAAGUGUGGUCUUAAUUAUUUUUUAAAAAUCAAGUGUUUCAUUUCUUUUGUUAAUUAGUGCAGUUUUACUAAUUUAUUCUAAGUCUCCACAAAAGCCUCUGUCAUAUUAAAAUAUCUGCUCUUGCAAGAGAAUAACCUUUUUAAAAACAUCAAGACAACCUACAAAGGGGGAAAAAAAAAACUUGACGUUUGUUUCUAGUAAAAAAUAUAUCUUUCCUACUCAAGGUUGUGAUGGUGGGUUCCCUUAUCUGAUUGGGAAGUAUGCACAGGAUUUCGGCAUUGUGGACGAGUCAUGCUUCCCGUACAUUGGGAAGGACUCUCCGUGUGGCGUUCCCCAAAACUGCGUCCGAGUUUACACCGCAAAAUACAACUAUGUCGGUGGAUUUUAUGGCGGAUGCAGUGAGAUGGCCAUGAUGGAGGAUCUGGUGAAAAACGGACCCAUGGCUGUUGCAUUUGAGGUAUUAAAACUGCUAACUGUUUCCAUACUGCUAUGAUAAGGGUUUUUUGGUCUCAUGUUUAUGUAGUUAGGCAUAUACUAAGGUGGAAUAAGAUUUUGUUACAUCCAAAAAUUGUUACAGUAAAUUAUCUGUAUCCUUCACAGGUCUACCCUGACUUCAUGCACUAUAAGGAGGGCAUCUACCACCACACAGGGCUCGCAGACCCCUUCAACCCCUUUGAGCUCACCAACCACGCCGUGCUGUUGGUCGGAUAUGGCCGCUGCCACAUGACCGGACAGAAGUACUGGAUUGUCAAGAACAGCUGGAGCACCAAUUGGGGCGAGGACGGCUACUUCCGAAUUCGCCGGGGAAGUGACGAAUGUUCCAUUGAGAGCAUCGCAGUCGCCGCCAACCCCAUUCCCAAACUGUAGGAAGGUAAAUGCAGGUCAAGCGGUCAGGCUGGUUCGAUUAUGUGCUGCCUGAGGGCAACUCGGAUCAAAUUUCAGCAUGAUUUUGGCUAUUUGUAAUGUGUGCUUUGAGAUGAAUGUAAAAUCUGUGAUUUUUUAAUGGCAGGUGGGAUCAUGUGAGCGAUGAGUAGCACGAAGCUCUUUUUCCUGUACCCCAUCAAAUUGCCAAGCAGUGACUUGAGUGAAAAUUCAUGAUGAUUGAACAUUAUUGAAAACAUCUAACCAUCUAGGGGACAACUCAGUUUGUGGAAAGUUGGCAGGUUUACCCUCACUGAAGGCAUAUUUAGGAAUGUAGAAGUGAUUUUUGAAAAGUGUGUAGCGUCUCAAAUUGAUCUGGAUUAAAGGGACACGCAAAAAAAAAAAAAAAAUAUAUAUAUAUAUAUAUAUUUUUUUGACGUUACUGUUUUGACACACAUCACCAAAGUCAGAGCUGAGUUACAGCGCCACUGUUUUUGUUUUUUUUUCUUUAACACCUCUGCUUUGCUACAUCUGAAUGAUUUUACAUCAAGCUGUGACUGACUAAACACAAAAGACACUGCCUUACACUUUGACAAAUCAUGAUGGUAAAUCUCUGUUAUAAUGUCUAAAGGGAAAUUACAGCUGGGGUGUUGUUUGUUUUUUUGUUUGUUUGUUUGUGUGCCAGUAGAAGAUUUCCAAUUCUUUUUCUCAGGAGAAUCCGUAUUGUACCGAAACUGCCAUGUCUCCCUGUGGAGCGAGUUAAAGGGAUUUCUUGAUCAAUCGAAUAAAGGGAUCUCACUUAUAAUAGUGUCUUUUUGUUCUGGCUCCGACUCGGUGUUUCGAUUUGUGUACAAUGAUUUGCACUUUUUUGGGAAAAACAGAAUAAAAUUGAUGUAAAACUCAC